UAUUCUUUUGAGUUUUUUUGCCAGAAAUAAUUUUUUAUAGUCACUUUUUUGCGAAAAAUAAUUUUUUUUUUUCCGACUUACAACCUUAAACCAAAACUUUUUUGCGAAAUGAAAUCUUUUUCGAUUUUCCGUCAUUGACUGUUAACUUCUUCCUAACCAUCAGUUUGUUUUAUUCCUUUUCUUUUACAUUUCAUUUUCCUCUAUUUUGACCUUAAAGUAAACAAAAAAUCCCUUUUGUAUUCUCUUUUUUUCUCUCUUUCUCUCUCCUCCAUUAAAAAUCUACUCUGCCAUCCUACUCAAGAGUAUGGCAUCAUCACUCUUCCACAGCAGCUUUCAUUGAAAGGGAGACAGGAAUUCUGGUCAGCAUUUAGUCAGUUUAGUGUUUGUUAGAUUGCCUAAGCGACCAAGAAAGCAGAGUGGGAAAAAACUCUAUUAAAAAAAAGUUGGAAGAGAGAAAAGAUCUGUUUCAAUUAGUGGCAAAUGAAAAUGGUGGCUGAGAAGUCUAAAAUAGUUAUUCUUGGUGCAGGAAUGGCGGGUUUAACAGCUUCCCACAGACUUAUAGGGGUAAAAGAGUCAUUUGAGUUUGGGGGUGAUAGAAUUGAGAAGGGUGCCACUUGGAUUCAUGGGAUUUGUGAGAGUCCAAUUUAUGAAAUUGCUCAAAAAAACAAAUCUUUAGAAUUUGAAAAAUAAUGGGAAUGUAUGGAUGAUUUGUUUGAAGAGAAUUUGUCAACUUUUGAGACUAAAGCUGAAGAUGAGUUUUUGGUUAAUCCUUCAAUUGUUGAGUCCAUUUCAUCACUUUUUCAGAAACUUAUCUUCUUCCUCUCCACAGUGUCACCCCCCCACGCAUUGCCAUCAGAACAUCCUUCAAAACAAUCGUCGAGUCGUCAAAGAUUAUGGCAUGCAUGUGGCUGUUGAGCAUAAAGUGGAUCUUGAAAAUAUUAUAUACUUAGUAAUUAGUAGCUCUGUGUCUUUUAGCUUGUGAAACAUGUGCAUUGGAUAACGAUGGUUCCCGCGUUAUUGCUUUGUGCUUUGGAGAUCUGUAUUGCUUUAGCCUCUUAUGUACUACAUUUGUUAUAUAUUCCCCCCAUAAAAUAAUCCAACUACAACUGGUAAAACUCACCCCCUCCUUAAUCUUAUAACCCACCAUGUUUCACACAUUUCAUCCAACUACAAUGCUUUCUUAACCUCGGCUUCAACCUCGGUCACAGUACUGAUGGCGGAGGCAAUUAUAUUGUCUCUGGCGACGUCCAUUGCAGCAAAGAUCGCGCAUCUCACAGGUGAUGCUAUCUAUGCCUCUGUCAGUGAAAGACUCAAAGCAUCCAAGUGUGCUAAAAAAGAUCUUGUGAUCAUAGCUGAGUAUAUGCAUGCCAUUUGUGCUGUUGUUGAAGAUGCUGAGCAGAGACAAUACACUAACAAGGCCAUUAAAAUUUGGCUAAGAGAUCUCAAGAGCCUCGCUUAUGAAAUUGAUGACCAACUGGAUGAAGUAGCAUUUGAUGCUUUGGAGCGCAGGGUUGAUGAAGGCCAUUUUCGUUGGUACGACAAGAUCAGGUACUCUAUCUUCCCCUCAAAUCCCACCACUCCUCGCUCUCAUUUCAGUCGCAAUAUAAAAGACCUCCUUGUUGAAUUAGAGCAUAUAGUGGAUAAGAAAAAUAAAUUUGGUUUGACUGAGCGUCCAAUUGAAAGCUCAAGGGACGAGAUCAGGGAUGAGUUAGAUGUAUGUAGGUUUGUGCAUGAACGAGCUGCUAUUGGAAGAGAUGAAGCUAAACAAGAUAUAAUAAACGAAGUGUUAAGAGCCAGUUACUGUAGUACAAGUAGCCAGCCUUGUAUCCUUCCUAUUGUUGGGAUGGGUGGGAUUGGGAAAACUACAUUAGCGAAGUUAGUACAUCGCGAUAUCUCUAGCUUUGAUCUGAAGCUGUGGGUAUGUGUCUCAGACAGAUUUCAGAUACACACAAUAGUAGAGAACAUUCUGAAAAACGCCGGUUUUUUUAAUACUUCAAACCAAAGUUUAGAUACAUUGUUGAGCUGGCUCAAGCAAUUGUUGGAGGGGAAAAAGUACUUUCUUGUGUUGGAUGAUGUCUGGGCACAUGACUAUCGGAGAUGGGGAAAACUGCAGAACAUAUUGACAAACGGUAUGGCGGGUAACACAAUUUUAGUUACCACAAGAGAAGCAAAUGUUGCUUCAAUUACUCAAACUAUGCCAUCCUACGAUGUCCGCAGGCUCCCUGAUCACGUUUGUUGGUAUAUAUUUCAACAGUUAGCAUUUAGGGAAGGUGAAGAAGGUAGAUAUUACAAUUUAUACGAGAUUGGCUGGUCUAUUGUUCAGAAAUGUUGUGGAGUCCCACUUCUAGUGGAAAGUUUGGGAAGUUCGCUAAGAAGUGUGAGGGAUGAAGACGAAUGGCACCGAAUAAAUUCAAUGGGUAGCUUCAGGGAGUUAGAUGAGCAAUAUACUAAAGUAAUUGAAGUUCUAAGAGUAAGUUAUGACAAACUUCCAUCCCACUUAAAACCAUUAUUUGCUCACAUGUCAUUAUUCAUGAAGGACACGAAUAUGAACUUAGACACACAAUAUUUGUGGAGUGCACUCGGUCUGUUGCGACUAAGAAAUGAAAACAAUGAGUUUCAUAAACAUGCAUACUUGUACCUCAAAGAAAUGGCAUCAAGAUCCCUUAUCCAAGAACCAAAUCUUGAGAUAGAGGGAGCUGUAUUCAAUUUUCAAAUGCAUGAUCUUUUGCACGAUCUAGGUGCUAGUAUCUUGGGAGAAGAACUAGCCAUUGUAACUUGGAGGGAGCUCAAAGUUUCAAAAUUCACAAGGCAUAUAGUUUGGGGAUAUGAGGAUGAUGAUAGUCUCUGUUUUGAAGAAUUUCCGGAAAAGCUUCUUCAAGCCAAGAACAGCCGAACGUUCAGAUUUGGUUAUAUACUUAACCGGCAUAUAAGUUCCUCAUUUCUCGAAAGUAUGAUAUCUACUUUCGUUUGCUUGCGCUUUUUGGAUCUUGGUUAUAGUUUGUUUGAGGUGUUGCCAAGCUCAAUCGGGAACUUGAAGCUUUUGAGGUAUCUCAACUUGGCUUAUAAUUGUGUCCUGAAAUCACUUCCAGAUACAAUAUGCAAGCUAUUGAAUCUAGAAUGUUUACGACUCCAUGGAUGUACGGAAUUAGAAGAGCUUCCGAAGGAUGUGUACCACUUGCAUAACUUGAUGGUAUUUACAAUUACUACAAAGAUGAGUUUACUUCACACAAGAUUAAAUGAAAUGAGUUCCCUACAAAAGUUGGGCUUUCAUUCAUGUGAGAAUUUAGAACCAUUGUGGGACAAUGGUUAUGCAGCGCGCCUCCCUUCCCUCCAAAGCUUGAUUAUCAAAGACUGUCCUCAAUUUACAUGUCUUCCAAACAGCACGAUGUUCCUCCAAGGCCUAGAGAUAUUACAGAUUACUGAUUGUGAAAAUAUGGAUUUAAGUGAAGGAGAAGGCCUAAAGGGCCUUACAAGCCUUCGACAAUUGGCAAUUACAAGGCUCCCAAGGUUGACUACUCUGCCUGUUCGUAUCAAAUAUGCUGCAAGCUCUCUUGAGUACCUCCAUCUCAUAGAUUGUGAAAAUUUGACAUUUCUGCCAAAUUGUUUGAGACGUUUUACCUCCAUUCGCAUAAUUAGAAUUGGAAAAUGUCCUAAUUUGCAGUCUUUGCCCAAAGUAUUUAACUACCUCACUUCUUUGCAAAAGCUCUCUAUUUGGAAAUGCCAACACCUAUCAGAAAAAUGUGCUGUACCCACUGGCGAAUACUACUCUUUCAUACAACACAUCCCGUUGUUCAAGCUUGAUGGUGUUAGUUACACUCCUUAUCAAAGUGAAUGAAUCAGGUAGGAGCUGGAUUGUCAUGCAUGGUUGCAGCAAGACAAGGAAAGUAUGUGUUUCCGUGUACGAAGCCGAGUUUAGUUUGCCGUUGAUUGUUUCAACUUUCAAGUUAUUGUUUUGUCUUUGUGUUUAUGUGUUUAUUUAUCAAGUUCUGGAUUGUGUUUUUCAGCAAAUAAAGUGAAUUUCUAAUGUUAUGUUGGAACACUUCAAUAUUGAUUGAAUUGUAAUUCUUCUGAGACCUA